AGAGCGUGGCGGCCAUGGGCAUCCGAGGGAUGCUGAGAGCUGCUGUGCUCCUGCUGCUCAUCAGGACAUGGCUUUCAGAGGGCAACGACACCACUCCCCUCCCAGAAUUCCACUUUGAGCUCUCUUCUACCGUGCCAGAACUCGUCCAGAACGUCUUCAAUUGCAAAAAUUGUGCAAGUGAAACUGUGGUUCACAAGAUAUUGGACAGGGUGCUAUCGGGAUAUGAUGCCCGUCUGAGACCACAUUUUGGAGGUGACCCUGUGCCUGUGGGAAUAUCUAUGUAUGUCUCCAGUAUUGAACACAUCUCAGAAAUAACUAUGGACUGUAUGAUCACAAUGUUUUUUCAUCAAACCUGGAAAGAUCCACGUUUAGCAUACUGUGAGACCGACCUAAACCUGACUCUGGACUACCAGAUGCUUGAGAAGUUGUGGGUCCCUGACUGCUACUUUCUAAAUAGCAAGGAUGCCUUUGUGCAUGACAUGACUGUGGAAAAUCGUGUGUUUCAGCUUCACCCAGAUGGAACGGUACAGUAUGGCAUCCGACUCACCACCAUAGCAGCUUGUUCUAUGAAUCUUCAGAAAUACCCUAUGGACAAGCAGACCUGCAAGCUGGAGGUGGAGAGCUAUGGCUACACAGUUGAAGACAUCAUGUUAUACUGGGAAGGUGAUGAGAAUGCCAUCCAGGGGACUGAGAAGCUACACAUCCCUCAGUUCACCCUCCUGGGAAAGAUAAUGACUAGCAAAGAAGAGAUUUUCUACACAGGUUCCUAUGUGCGACUUAUACUGAGAUUCAUGAUCCAGAGGAAAAUUAUCAACUACCUUGUGCAGAUCUAUUGGCCUACUAUCCUCACCACUAUUGCCUCUUGGAUAACAUUUUGGAUGAACUAUGAAUCUUCUGUAGCCAGGGUGACAGUCGGUCUGACUGCAAUGCUCAUCCUGAAUGCCAUCAAUUCACACCUGCGGGAAAAACUCCCCGAAUUUUCUUGUAUCAAGGCCAUUGACAUCUAUAUGGUUGUAUGCUUCUUCUUCGUGUUCCUAUCCUUGCUGGAAUAUGUCUACGUCAAUUAUCUUUUCUACAGUCGAGUAGGAACUCGGCGCCUUCAAAGGCAACGCAGGAGAGUCCGAAGAAUCAUGGAGCGCUAUUACUACCAGGAUCUAUCCACUGUUUCCUCAAAGGAUGACCAGGUUAACAUCAAAGAACAAAGUGGCUCUCCUCCCUCUAUACCAGUGCAGGCCCACCCAGUAAACCCAGAAAGCCUCAACUCUUUGACCUUCAUCUCAGAGCAGGUCCCACUGGCCACCUCAGAGUGCCUCAGCUCACUGUCUCCUCUUUCGGUCCAGUCCUGGCUGGCCUCUGAAGAAAGCCUGAAUGAUCUCUCCUCCACUUCAGAGCAGGCCCUGCACAGCUGUGACAUUCACUUUAAUGGUUUUGAAUUUGAUGGCAGUGUUAUUCCUACCAAAAUUCACAAUCAUGGUGGGGCCCAUCACUGUGCUGAUACCCAUAACCCAGAAGACCCUGGAAAGAGCUACAGCCUGGAUGAGAACCAUGGCCAUGGUCCCAGUGGAAAGCAUCUGUUCAUCCAUGGCCAAAGGUGUGUGCAAGAAGCAAGCUGCAGGCCUGAUAAGAUCCAUAGAUGCCGUGAGGGGUUCCUUAGCUUGCCUGGUGACAUCAAAGUUGAAUGCAGCUACCUUGACCUUAGGAAGCAACUCGAGCAUGAUGUUGACACUACCUGGAGCCCUAAUGGUGACAAUUUCAUGGGCUUUGAUCAAGAUGAGGACAGUAAUUCAGAAUCUGAUGAGGACAGUAAUUGCCCCCUGAGUCCUGGGUAUUCCUUUAGGGAAAGGUUUUGUUAUGAGCUCUUUGAUCCUGACUAUGUCCCUAAGGUUGAUAAGUGGUCCCGGAUCCUCUUCCCUCUUGCCUUUGUGGUGUUCAACAUUAUUUACUGGCCAUACAAUGGCUUUUAG